AUAAAAGCCUGGCUUUGGGUUUUAGUGUUUUCAUUGGCAUGGGUUAGUCCCUCUAUUCAGAUGCCACCAGGCCAUAAAAGGUUCUGCGAUCCAUCCCAGAGCGACCAGACGGGAAGCCUCAUUGCGCAGAAGUGCGGUUCCGGCUUCUACAGGGAGUGGAGCGGGCCCUUACGAGGUCAAUGUGUACCAUGCAGCUGCAACGGACUCUCCGACCAGUGUGACGAGCUCACGGGGAAAUGUGUGAACUGUCAGUUCCACUCGGCAGGAGAUCACUGCGAACGAUGCCAGGAGGGUUACCAUGGCGACGCGGCCCAAAAAUCCUGCCGCGUUUGUCCGUGUCCCUUCACGUGGAACAAUCGAGCUUUGGCGUGCAUGAAUAUUGGCGGCGGGGUGGUCGAGUGUUUAUGCAAACGCGGCUAUGCGGGAUCCAGAUGUGAGAGAAUGCUUCCCACGGCUGACGGCACAAAGCGGUCCAGUGAGCCCAACAGAUUGAAGAACAUCACAACUGACACGGAGGAGGCAGCAAUGGCUGCGCAUCAGGCCGACAAGGCUGCUGACGAAACCUUAAAGGAUAUGGCACGGGGUGAUCUGCUCUUGACAUCUGAGUCCAUGAGAGAGUAUUUGACUAGCGUGUGGACUACAGCCAAUCACACCCAGAAUGACUUCAUAACGCUCUCAGAGUCACUGAACGCAUGCAAAGAUGGCGUGAAAAGGCAGCAAGACAAAAGAGAAUCUCUGCGAUUUGACAUCUCCAGAGUGAGCCAUGAAAUCAAAAGCCUUAAAAGAGAUGACAUGAAUGUGAUGAUCCAAUCUGCCAAAAGAGAAACUUCUGUUACUAAUGACACUGCCACUCAUGUCACUAACAGACUGAUGAAUAUGGGAGAGGAAAUGGCCAGAUUGACUUUCAACAACAGCGGUCUGGCAUUCAAUAACAUUUUAAAUGACGUACAAGAUGCUGUGAGGAGUUUGAAGUGGGUGCUUCCGGUAAUGACAGACAAGCUGGUCCAAAUGGAGGCCCUGGCAAAAACGUCACCAGCUCGAGGCAACAUGACAGAAAACAUUAGCAUGAUCAAAGACCUGGUCCAGGAGACGAGGAGCCAUCUUGACAGGAUCUCGCUCGCCACCGCGUUCAGAGGGAAAGGCCACAUUGAGCUUCGUCCCCCGAGCAACACCGAAGACCUGAAAGCCUUCACGGCCCUCAGCCUCCUUCUCAGUGUGGAAAAAAAGCCAGCGGAGAGCAGUAGAGACCAACAACGAGACGACGACAUGUUUGUUUUGUACCUUGGCCACGAGGAUUCAUCCGGCGACUUCAUAGGGAUGGCCAUCAGGCACGGCGUGCUGAUUUGCAUCUACAAGCUAGGCGGCCACGUCCAUGAGGUGGCGGCUGGUCCUAUAACUACGUUCACUGGCGUGCAUCCCUCCGCUUUGGACCACGUUGUUUUCCACAGAAUUUACCACGACGCCGAAGUCUACAUUACAGCGAACUUCACUUCAGAGUGGCCCGUCUUGUUCACCCCCAAACGUCACCUUCCGUACACCGCGAGUGGCAUCCUCGACUUGGAUCCACAACGCACGGUUUUCUACGUGGGCGGUUACCCUCAACAUUUCAGCCCUCCCAAGGAGCUGCGCUAUCCAAACUACCGAGGCUACGUGAAACUACUCCACAUCAACGACAAACCACUUUGCCUUUACAACUCCAAGCGCACCGUCAACAUGGAGCCCGGUGUGCACGCUUUAAUGUUACCCGGAUCCGAGGUGUCCCAUUACUACCAGGGAAGCGGCUACCGCGAGGUCUUGGUGAAGGAGCCGUACAAGAUGAGGAAGCGCAUCUUUAAAUUGCGCAUAAAGAGCUGGGAGAGCGAUGCCUUGUUGUUCUACAUCGGCACCGAAGAGUUGUUUUGGUGCUUGCUGGUGGAACAAGGCAACCUGGUGAUUCAACGUCAAAACAAGAAGAUGAAGUGGCGUCCUUGGAGGCGUGACUCAGUGUCUCUUUUUAACAAACACUUCACCAUCACCAUUGAUGACAUGUUCACGGUCAACUACGAAGACCAAUACUUCUCCGACAAGCAUGAUCACAUUCCUAUUCAAAGGUUUUAUAUAGGAGGGGUGCCGCAGCACAUUAGAACCAGACACGACAUCAUCGCUCCGCCGCUGAAAGGCUGCGUGGAUCUCGUGAGCGCCGAUGGCCAAAUUGUGGAGUACAACACGACAAUAGGCGUCAGUGAUGCGUGUCCCUUCGGACUGCCGGGCAUUCGCACAGCCACUUUGCGUUCGCCUCUUUCGGGUGAUUGGGUUUUUGCACCAGAACAACAACGUUUGGCUCUGGGAUUCAGGAGCAUGCACAAAAACGGCGGCAUUCUCAGGAGCAGCUCUCAGAGCACCUUCUUAGGUCACAUUUCGUUGGCCGACGGCUUCCUGCAAUUUCGCCUCGGUCGUGACAGUCUGACGUCAUCGCAAAGAUACAAUGACGGGAGAUGGCACUACCUGUGUGCGGCGCAUACGCCGAGGCUUGAAGUCCAAGUUGACAACGUAGACAUCGAUCUUAACGUAUCAGUUGAGGAAGCAGAGGUGAAGCAAGAAGAAGAAUUCAGAGUCUGCAUUGCUGACCUUUACUCCAGGUCGGCAGCGCAGAGCUUGACGCCGGUGGAUCUGAAUUCUCUGCCGCCAACGGCAGGUGUCAUCCCGGGUCAAUGCCGUCUCGGUUCGCUCACGCAAACACCACAACUCCCCACAGAUGUGAACAGACAGUUGGAGAUGCUCAGAAAAACUGCAGACCAAACAGACGGCGAGUGCGGACGUCAGCGGCCGCCCCGCCGAGGCUACCAGCUCUCACAGGGAGACAGCUGGCUGGCGUACAAGCUGUCCCAGCAGGACCUUAAUUACAGGCCUCACUUCUCCCUGGACGUUAAGACCAAGUCCUCUAAGGGUCUCAUCCUUUAUGUCGAGGGCACGGGCCCGGUGCCCCUGCUAGCUCUGUACGUGACAAACGGCAAGAUUAAGAUGUCACUUGGGCCGGACAGAGUCAUCCACCACAAGCUGAAGACAAACGACGGACACUGGCACAGAGUGGAUUGCAGUGUGGAGAAAAACACGUUUCAUCUUCUGGUCGAUGGGAUCCGCGUGACCGACGGCAAUUUGCCCAAUGAAGAAGGCUCGUUCUUAAACCUCCACAGUUAUGUCUACCUGGGGGGCCACCCAGGGGUCACUAAAGGACCCCAAAUCCUUUUGAAAAGCAUCUCGGGAUGCGUGCGGGACUUCCGAAUGAACAAUUACCCGGUGGGCAAACCCGAAGCUGCCCGCGGAGUGUCGCCCUGCUCGGACGGGCUCACGGAGAGCGGGGCCUACUUUGGCGGCGGUCACGUCAUCUUAGACGAUCCCUUUGCAGUGGGCGCUCACUUUACGUUGACCUUCGAGCUGCGCCCCCAUCGCCUGACCGGCCUUCUCUUCCAUGCGCAGGCCCACGGAAGCAGCUUCGACGUGUUCUUAAUUAACGACACGGUGGGCGUCACUGUGAAUGAUGGCGGCAGCAGUGUCAGCGCCGCGCUGACUCCACAAAACCUCUGCGAUGGAGAGUUUCAUGUGAUUAAAGUUUCCACAGGACAAAAAUACCUGACGCUAACAGUGGACGACGUUUCUGAAAAGAAGGCUGGCUCUUUCGCAUCCUUCCUUUCCUCCAUGAAACGGGCAUUACUUCACAUUGGAGGGGUCACAGAUUCAAGUGUUGCCCCCGUGACAUCGCCGUACAUGGGCUGCUUGAGAAACGUGAUUAUAAAUGGCAGACGCAUCGCAUUUGAGACGCGGGCGGUGACGGUGCUCGGCCCCGUGGAUAUCAAAGCGUGUCCCGCACUCUGAGAAGGAGGGUGUGGCGUCACUGUCUUGUCAACUGUCACAAUAUGUUGGUAAAGUAAAGAGAACAGAGGUAGACUUUACCAUACAGUUCAUAUAUUUGGUUGUUUUAACUGUUUUCACAGGUAUACCUAAUAAAGUGACCAGUUAGUGUAACAAUCAUAGAUAUUGCCCCGGUUUCCCCUUUUUCUAUACAUGGACAUGUAAAUUGCUUUUUUUGUAGCGUAGCAUAUUGUGGAAGAUUGUUGAUGGCUCAGCAAGUGUUUAUACUGUACAACAAACAAGAACUUCAGGAAUGUUAAAAAUAUUUAGA